AUGGCCGCUAAAUCAGCUGCUACCACUGUCGACUGGACAAAGAUUUACACUGGAUUGGGUCUUGACAAAACGACUUUAACAUCGUUACAAUCUUUCCGAGCUAGACAUUCAACUGCUGUAUCUAAAAACUCAGCAUUGAAAGCAACUGCACCUUCAAUUGAUUUAUCUCAUUACAAAUCAGUUUUGAAAGAUCAACAAGCAGUUUCACUCGCUGAAAAAGUACUCGGUGAUUUCAAAGCUGUAGAUUAUGAUGUAAGCAAAUGGAACGAAGUCGUUGGUGCUUUCGAGGGUAAAGCCGUCGCCGCUGCCAAGGAGACCGUAUCCAAGAUCUCAACCGAACAAUCAUCCCUCCAAGCUACCCUUUCCAACAUUCAAGAAGCUCGACCAUUCGAGGACUUGACCGUUGACGAAGUCUCUAAAGCCCGACCUGAGAUCACCAAAGCCGUUGAAACCAUGAUCAAGAAAGGUAAAUGGUCCGUUCCCGGAUACCGAGAGAAAUUCGGAGAAUUCUCUCUCAUGUAA